AUGGCGCACGAUCAGCCCAUAGCUCCUUCUAUUAUUGGGUCCGAAACUUGGCAUAUCUGUACACCUUCUGCAUCUUCCGAAAAUACCACAAAGAGCACUUUGAGUAGCGAAAUUCCGCAAUCUUCCAUCCCAUGGCCUGGGCGAACCUUCAUCAUUCGAUCUCGCAAGAACGGACAGGUUAUCACGUUCUUGGACGGCGAGGUCGUGAUGGACAAACUAGGAGGGCUUGGUACUUUCAGGUGGCGAUGCGUCGAGGAGAAAGGUUGGAUAGGAUUUAGGGAUCCAGCUUCUGCGCAAUAUCUUGGUUAUCAUGAACACGGACUUCUAUUUUGUAGAUCUCCUCAUCAUCGAAACAACGAAUACAUAUGUCCCCGAAUGCGCCCAGAAGGUGGAUGCGUUCUGCUAGUAAUUCACGAUGAGAAUCUUCGUCCCUUGGGUGUAUUCGGAAACGAAUCGGAGAAUGGGAUCAAGCAGAAGAUCAAGAUCAAUAUGGACUGGAGCUCUGAGGAGAUUGUGUGGGAUUUCAUUGAGGUACAAAGUCAAGAAUAA